CUCUGAGUAAGUUGAUAUUUAGCUGUGGUAGGCUGGUUUUGUUCGUCUAAUUAAUAAAUGGGUCAUAAUGAUAUUGUUUCAAAAAUUCGCGAAUGUGAAAAUCAGAGUAUAAAUAGAAUGAUAUAGACAUUACUAUCAGUAUCAGAGUAGCUUCAAGACAGUCAUCAACUAGUUGCAGAAAAAUGGAGAAAAUAGUUUCAAUAUUAUUUUUGGUUUUCGCAACCACGGUUAAUGGAGGUUUCCUGACUGGUCAUCAUCCCUACCCUGCCGUAAUAUCAUCCAGAACUGUCGUAUCUGGGGCCGUAGGCGGAGGGCCAACAAAUGGCGCCUAUUCUUCAUCCCAAUCUUCCCAAACUGUUUCUUCCCCAUCUCAGUUACAGUCAUCAAUAUCGACCUUCCUUCCAGCAAUUACCUACGGAUAUUCCAGUCGUCAAAACCAGAAUGGACAAAAUCAAGGUGGACAGGGCGGGCAAGGGCAAAAUGGACAAAACCAAGGUCAAGGAGGGUAUGGUUAUAGCGCUAAUAGUCCAAGUGUCCUAGCAUAUGGAACGUAUGGAUUUGGUCAAGCCCAAAACGGACAAGGUCAAAACGGACAAGGUCAAAACGGACAAGGCCAAAACGGACAAGGAUACGGUGGGCAGGGCAACCAAAACCAGGGACAAAGAGGAUACAACGGUAACAGUGGGGCAGGGCAGGGCGUCAGUUACUCUUCAAGUUACAAUUAUGGGCACUAUUAAACCUCGAAAGUAUCAGUUAAUGUUAAUGACGACUAUACCUCUUUCUGACAGAUAUUAUUCCACGUCGUUUCGCUGUCUCGCAUCGACUCUAGUGCAGUUAUCACCAGCUUACUUGAAGUUUGUUUCCUUCUUUCACCUAUGAUUGAAAUAACAAACUCGAUCUUUAUUUUCUGUAUAAAAGUAAUCAAUCCUUUGGUAUGAACUUAUAAGUAUUCGUUGAUGUUCAAAUAAACCAAACAGUUUAAUUAGCACAUAUCAGAUAGAGGUGUAUUCGUUGAAAUUUCUGAUAAAACGAAGUAUACCUGGACAUCGAGUAGAACCAAAUCAUUUCUUAAUGUUACUAUUUGCAAUGUAUGGAUAAAUUCAUUGACUGCUUAUUUAUAGAUUUCAGUUUCUUGUACAAAUAUAUAUGUACUUAUAUUAAAGUC